AUGGAUAUGAAUCAAUACAGUCGUUCUUCCGAGCGUCAAGAACUCUUCGUCACGCCUUCUCGCCGACAAAACGCAGAACCAAUAUCGGGUCAUUCUGAAGUUGACGAAGCGGAAGAUAUUAGGCGAAACACCCUGAUCUUCUUGAACCAUGGUCUUAGCACUAUUCUCGUUCUGACCCAGUUCUAG